UUGGCUUUCCAGAGCCACGGUUCGCUUUUCCCGUACACUGAGCUGCUCUCACUCUCCGGCUCUCCUCCUCACGCUUCUCGUCGCCUCCUCCGAAACUCCAAACCCCAGCGGAGCACCCCCGAUCAUUCGUCCGCACCGCCGGUGUCGCAGGGAAGCGGGGUGGGUCGGUCUCGGCGCUCUGGAACGGCUCGAUUUGGUGCGGAGUUGGGUGAUCUCACUUGAGCCCGACUCAUUCAGGUGAUUGGUUGGUCUCUGAAGUGCAGCUACUGCCGGCGAUGGACGGGAGGAGGACGGCGCCAAGGUCGGGCUCCCGGCGAUGGACCUGUCCCUCGCGUUCCCACAGGCAACCCCGGCCUCCAUCUUCCCGCCCUCCGGUGACUUCUGUUUUUUUCCCUCGAUUUUGUUGGGAUAAGGACUAAGGAGGUCACGACCUUUGGGCUGUUAAAUUGAGGGUGGUAUACGGACUGAGAUGGGAAUGGUUUCUGCUCGGAUUGCAGACUUGGUUGCCAGCUAAGUUUUGGGCCCAUGUAUUGCUGGAAUUCUUAAGUUUUUGCCAACUAUUUUUUUCGAAUUUGUGGGGAUUAGCAGGCUGUCCUAUGUGAAAUGAGAAAUAUUUUUUCAAGUUUGAUGAUUAGUGUUAGAAUAUAUAUGUGUUGUGCGUGUGUAUAUGUUGGGCGUGUGCCUGGUAUAGCCGGCCAGCCCUAUAUAUGGUUAGAGAGAUAUCAGGAGGAGAUCUCGGCAGGUCCUAUUUCUAUAAGCCACCAGAUCUCCCCUCCUAUAUAUAUGUACAUAGGUCUCUCCAAUCAAUUAUCUACGAUUCCACGCAAUCCUAAUUGCUUUCAUGGUAUCACGAGUCUAGAGUUUCCUUCCGCACCCGCCCGCCGAUCUUUCCCGUGUGCGCGUUUUCCGCCGCACCGGCCAUGGCUGGCUCACCUCCAUCCGCUUCCCCGCUCGCUCCGCAGCCCCCGCAGCCCUCGAGCGUGGCCUCAGGCGCCGUCACCGACGCCUCGGCUGCUGCCGCCGCUGCUGCUAAGGAGACGCGCGCGCGGGACGACGCCGCGCGACUCGCAAAGGCGGAACGUGCGCGCGUGGCCAAGGCUCGCCACGACGCCGCCCUCGCCCGCGUCGCAGAGGCGGACUGCGUGGCCGCCGUCGCCCAGGCUGAGCGCGACGCCGCCGACGCCCGUCUCCGCGCCGCCCUGGCUCGCGCUGAUCUCGAGCGCGCUGCGACCCAGCCACUUCCCGGCAGCGAUGAUGACACCAGCGACGCCUCCGGCGACGGCGAUCACGUCUCCGUGGCCGGCGACGCUACGCAUCUCCGGGAUGCCUUGCUGCAGCACGAAGCUGCUGCCCUGAUCAAUCUGCACGCCCAGGCUGUGGCUGUGCAGAACAUCCGCCUCCUAGUGCCACUCACCCUCGACGUCUCGUCCACCUUCUACGGUCGGUGGCGCGAGUCGCUCCUCCACGUCGUCGGCCGCUACUCCCUGGAAAGUCACGUGCUAUCCGACGUGACUGCGCCCACCUCCCCGGACUGGGUCCGCAUGGACUGCGUCGUCCGCACGUGGAUCACCGGCACCAUCACCGACGCCCUUGCCGACACUGUGAUCGAGCCGGGCAAUACUGCUCGCACUUCAUGGCUCGCCAUCGAGUCACAGUUUCGCGGGAAUCGUGAGACUCGCGCCCUCCAUCUCGACGCAGAGUUCCGCAACUUCAAACAAGGCGAUCAAGACAUCACCACCUACUGCAGGAAGCUCAAGAGCAUGGCAGAUGCUCUUCGUGACCUCGACGAGCCCGUUCAAGACCGCACGCUCGUCCUCAACCUCCUCCGAGGUCUCAACGCUUGGGACUACUAUCAGUUUGAUGAUUUGCUAACCAGUGAAGAGCGGACUAUCAGGAAGAAGGUCAGGGGUAUUAUGGAGAAAGAAAUUGCGCUCAUCAUGGCAGUGUACUUGGAAAAGACAGUUUCCAUUUAAAACCAUUCCUCAACUUUCAAGCCUUGGUGUUGCUGGAGGUACAAUAAAGGGUUAUGGGUGCCCAGGACUUUCAAUUACAGCAAGCGCUGCUACUAUUGCUGAAAUUGCGCGGGUAGACGCGAGCUGUUCCACGUUUAUACUGGUGCACUCCUCUGUUGCAAUGGUGACAAUAGGUUCAAAAGCUACAUUUCCUUUUAAUUGAUACUAUCUUGUGUUAAGAAGUUUUACCAACUACCAAGAUCAAUUAUGCUAUAGCCGAACCAUUCUUGCUCUGUUUUGUCUGAAGGACAGCUCUUUGUGGAUCUGAGGCUCGGAAGCAGAAAUACUUGACAUCCCUUGCUCAACUUAGUACUGUUGGUUGUUGGGCGCUGACAGAGCCAAAUUAUGGAAGUGAUGCAAGCUCCUUGAUAACUACAGCGACCAAGCAGCCAGCAGGGGAGCAUGACAAAGCAUUUCACAGGAUGGCGCUAUGGUGUUUGGCCCAUGGCACACCCUGAUAUAGCGGAACCAUGGCAAUUAGGAUCUCAAAACGCCAAAAUGGCCGUAUUUCAUUCUAUUUCACUUCCAAUUGAGACACCAAAACAUAUGGACAUAUUUUCGUUCCUUCCUCUAUUGUUGGGUAUUAGGUUUAGUUUUCAUUUCCUGCCUUCUUGCAGAAAAAGUGAAGAACAGGAUUAUAUACAGUUAUAAGGUCACUCCUAUUCAGCAUGUUUUCUUAUUGAGCCCUAAAGCCUAGCACUCCUUUUGACAUUUGGCCAUUAAUCUGUCUUCAUGCAUAGAUCAGAUAAAAAGCAUCUUCCUCGAAAAAGCAUAUGCACAUAAGAAUGAGAUCAUAAACUUCUCUUAUUAAACCUAAAUCCUACAGAUCUAAUUGGAACACACUGCAAGCCUUUGCAGAUGGUAUCACUUGGUUCAGUCUUGGGGUGCAAAUUGCAAUGUGCAAUGACUGAACACCUGUAGCAGUUCCAUAUUUGACUUUUUUGUCAUGCUUCUUGUUGGGGAAUGAUCUUACGCGUCCCUUCGGAUUUUGAGACGAAGUCCAUUG